AUGGUCAAAGAAACAAAGUUCUACGAUUUGCUGGGCGUCUCGGUAGACGCCAACGAAACGCAGAUCAAAAAGGCUUACAGAAAGCAGGCUCUGAAAUACCACCCCGACAAAAACCCAAGUGCAGAGGCUGCAGACAAGUUCAAGGAACUCACAGUGGCAUACGAGGUGCUCAGCGACCCAGAGAAGCGUGAGGUGUACGACCAGAUGGGUAUGGACGGUCUAAGCGGCGGGGGAGCCGGCGGUGCCGGCGGCUUCGGCGGAUUCGGCGGCUUUGGUGACGACAUUUUCUCGCAGUUUUUCGGCGGCGGCGCUUCUGCCAGACCUAGAGGGCCCCAGAAGGGUAAGGACAUCAAGCACGAGAUGAGCGCGUCUCUCGAGGAACUGUACAAGGGCAGAACCGCCAAGCUCGCGCUAAACAAACAGGUUUUGUGUAAGACAUGCGAGGGCCGUGGAGGUAAGGCCGGAUCGGUCAAGAAGUGUGUUGGCUGCAACGGGCAAGGUAUGAAGUUCAUCACCAGACAAAUGGGACCUAUGAUCCAAAGAUUCCAAGUUGAGUGUGACGCCUGUAGCGGAACCGGUACCAUCAUCGACCCCAAAGACCGUUGCAAGACUUGCAAUGCCAAGAAGGUUGCCAACGAAAGAAAGAUCCUAGAAGUCCACAUCGAAGCCGGUAUGAAGGAUGGUCAAAGAGUUGUUUUCCAAGGCGAAGCGGACCAAGCGCCUGAUAUCAUUCCGGGUGAUGUUGUAUUUGUCAUCUCCCAGAGACCUCACAAGCACUUUGAGAGAAAGGGCGACAACCUGCAUUAUCAGGCCGAAGUUGAUUUGCUCACCGCUGUUGCUGGUGGAGAAUUUGCUAUUGAGCAUGUCUCCGGCGAGUGGCUCAAGGUUGGUAUCAUUCCUGGCGAGGUCAUCUCUCCUGGCAUGACGAAGGUGAUCGAGGGCAAAGGUAUGCCUGUCCAGAAGUACGGUGGAUACGGUAACCUGAUCAUCACUUUCAAAGUUAACUUCCCACAAAACCACUUUGCUGAUGAAGAAUCUCUCAAGAAACUGGAGCAAAUUCUACCUCCAAGAUCUCUUCCAACAAUUCCAAAGAGCGCCGAAAUUGAAGAAUGCAUCUUGACUGACUUCGAUCCUUCUAAGCACUCUGGCUCUCAAUCGUACGGCAGAGGCUCAUCGUACGAUUCUGACGACGAAGAGCGUGGUGGUGGCGCCGAGGGUGUCCAGUGCGCAUCUCAAUGA